AUGCAACCGUCCUGCUCAAGCUUCGUGAUAGACGACGAUGACGCAGAUGGUUCGGAAGAUCCAGAGUUCGCAGAAAGUAGCGACGACGAGUACGAAGCCGAAGAUGACGGGUCAGAGGAAGAGGAGUCUGAGUCUGAGGAAGAUGAAGCGACGAGUGGAAGGGCCGGAACGCUCUCAAUGGGCGAUUCUUUUGCAGAAGUGCGUAUAGAAGGAGAUUUCGACCGUCUUGUCCAAAAUAUUCGCGAGACUCGGGAUGGGUCCAGUUCCGGUAUGCUCGGCAAAGAUUGGGAAUUGAAUAUCGAGGAAAAAGAGGCCGAAUUUCUCAACGACUUGCGUGCGGCAUCUGGCGUAGGUCGUACCAAGAAAAGGGCGAGUGUUAUUCUGUAG